AGUAGCUGCGUCAGCAUUCCCAGAAUCCAAUGCAAUACCAAGAUGGCUGCGCCCAUGUGAUCUGGAGGGCUUUGCGGAACUAAAAAUUAAAUUUUUAAGUAUAUAAGAACGGCUUAUAAGAAUUAUAAUGGGUCAGAAAAAGCAGAGAAAGCCCAGGCGGAAAUUUGGGGACGAUGAAUCGGAUGGCGAGGGAGAAUUUGAGCUCGUGCCAGAGACGAACCCCUCUGCCAUGAAGUACAGUUUCCCCAGUACUGACACCACCUCUGAUGUGGAACCAGACAUGAGACAGCUGGUCACAGCACAGAACAAGAAGAAGAAAAAGUCAGGGGGCUUCCAGUCUAUGGGUUUGUCUCAUGGCAUUUUCAAGGGAGUCAUGAAGAAAGGAUAUAAAGUCCCAACUCCUAUUCAAAGAAAGUGCAUCCCUAUCAUCAUGGAUGGUAAGGAUGUUGUUGCCAUGGCGAGGACAGGUAGCGGGAAGACCGCAGCGUUCCUGAUCCCCAUGUUUGAGAAACUCCGCGCCCACAGCACGUCCGGCGCCCGAGCCCUGAUCCUGGCCCCCACCAGGGAACUAGCGCUGCAGACCAUGAAGUUUACUAAGGAGCUUGGCAGAUUUACUGGUUUAAGGGCAGCUCUUAUUCUUGGUGGAGACAGCAUGGAAGAUCAGUUUGCAGCCCUACAUGAGAAUCCAGACAUAAUCAUCGGCACCCCCGGCCGCCUGCUGCAUGUGCUGGUGGAGAUGGAGCAGAAACUGAUGACAGUGGAGUAUGUCGUGUUUGAUGAGGCAGACAGGUUGUUUGAGAUGGGUUUUGCGGACCAGCUCCAGGAGAUCAUCGGUCGUCUUCCCGAGGCACGACAGACGCUGCUGUUCUCCGCCACGCUGCCCAAGCUGCUCGUACAGUUUGCACAAGCAGGUCUGAAUGACCCUACACUCAUCAGGUUGGACGUGGACACGAAGAUCAGCGAGCAGUUGAAGAUGUCGUUCCUCGCCAUGCGUGAUGCGGACAAGCCUGCUGUCCUGCUCCACCUGCUGAGAACAGUUGUGAAGCCAGAGGAACAGACAGUCGUGUUCCUGGCAACUAAGCACCAUGUGGAGUAUGUUAAAGAGUUGUUGACAGAAGCAGGCCUGUCCUGUAGUGCAGUGUACAGCUCACUAGACCAGACAGCCAGGAAGAUCAACAUUGCCAAGUUCACCCACAAGAAGACUAAGGUCAUGCUGGUGACAGACAUCGCUGCCCGCGGGAUAGACAUCCCCAUGUUGGAUAACGUCAUAAACUACAACUUCCCAUGCAAGCCAAAGCUCUUUGUCCAUAGAGUUGGUCGAGUGGCGCGAGCCGGCAGGUCAGGUACAGCGUACUCCCUGGUGGCCCCAGAUGAGACCCCCCUCAUGUUAGACCUGCACCUGUUCCUGGGGAGGGCAGUCAAGGUCGCCGGCAAGGACAAAAUCUGUGUUCCAGACUGGGAUGGUUUGUACGGCAAGGUCCCACAGUCCAUCAUAGAUGAUGAGGAUGCCAACAUCCGGGUGUACCAGGAGAACAAUCUGGAGCUGGGGAACCUGAAGCGCGUGUCGGAGCGGGGGUACAGCGCCUACCUCAAGUCACGGUCAGCUCCGUCACACGAGUCCGUCAAACGGAUGAAGGGAAUGGACACGGCACAGAUGGGCUUUCAUCCUCUACUGGGUAAUAUGAUACAUGAAGUUGAGGAUAAGCUGGCAGAGUUUGUGGAUGGGGUACGGAACUACAAACCCAACAGUACCAUUUUUGAAGUCUCUGCGAGCAAUAAGAACCCAGCAUUUUCUGUGAUGAAGAGUAAGAGGAGUGUUCACCAGGGGGUCAUCCGGCGCCUGCAGGACCAGAAAAGCAGCAAGCAAGAUAUAGGGGGCGCUGCUGUACAUGCAAGUAACACAGAAAUGACCUCAGAACAGGAUAUUGAGGACACCUUCUCCACUGUGGUUGCACCAGGGCACAAGAGGAAACAUGCGGAAGAUGACGGGAACGUGGGAAAGAAACAGAAGCAGGGCUUCAGAGACGAGGAACAUUUCUUACCAUACAGACCACAGGACCACCACUCUGAGAAAGGACUCGGGUUAGAGAGCUCCUUCCAGGUCCAGGCUUCGGACGCCAUGUUAGAUCUGGCUGCAGAUGAGGCUGAGAAAGCCAAACAGCAAAAGAACCAGCUCAAAUGGGAUAGGAAGAAGAAGAAGUUUGUGAAGGAAGGAAUUGAUCUGAAAAAGAAGAAAAUCAAGACAGAAAGUGGAACCUGGGUAUCUGCAUCAUUCAAGACUGACUCAUACAAGCGUUGGUUACAGCAGAGCAAAAUGAGGGAGCAGGAGAGAGAAGAGGAGGAGAAUGAGCAGGACCAGUCCACUGGCCAGAAAGGGGGGAAGGGGAAAAAGCAAUGGAAGGGGAAAAAGAGAGGAAAAAACAGACCAACAGGAGGGGAUAAGUCUCCAGGACAGAAGUUCCCAUCAAAGUUUGGUGGUAAGAGGAAGGAUGGACAACAGCCAAGGAACCAGGGAGGAGCAAGAAGACCUCGCUCAGAACUCAAGUCUACAGACCAGAUCCUAAAGAGUAGAAUAAAGAAGGAGAGAGAGCAAGCCUUCCAGGGAGCUCGGCAAGCUAUCAAGCAGAAAAGGAGAGCCAUAGCAGGGGGCAAAAGACACUGAUAAUUAUUCAUUAAAAGAAAUUAAUGUUUCUGAAGAGUUAUAUGAAGAGCAAUAUAUGAGUACUAGACGAGGGUGGCCCUAUUACUCAGAUGUAGUGCAGUGCUGUUCGAGGCAGGUAUGAUACUUGAAAUUGCAGAAAUGUUCGCCGGGAUUUAAUUUUGCAGUAGCGGGGAAAAGGACUUUUCACAGUGGUUUUAAGUUUUAGCACCAUACACUGUGGUUUCUUACUGCGAUGAAAAAAUGUUCACAUAAAGUCGCCACCACGCAAACCACAAACAUUAAACCACAGCAAAAGUUUCUGCAUUUACAGUAGUAUGCCAGAGGAGUUAUGUGUCCAGAAGACAGUUUGCAACCUUUAUCUAUUGGAUAAUAUCUGCUAUUUUCUAAUUCUAUAGCAACCUGUGGAGAAUACUAAAUUGACACUGCAUGAAUUUCUUCAUAAAGAUCCGUACAAUUGUGGUCAUUUUGACCUGUGACUCUUCAUACAUUCAGUGCUGUUAUGUGCUAAAAAAUACAAGCCUUACCUUAUACCUUGUACCUAUUGUAUAAUAUAACCAGCUUUAAUGAUAAUUUUACGACAAAGUUCCUAAUUGAGUUUGUAAUACUGUAUAUCAUGUGCGUCUUAUUUUUGUUUUAACAAAGCAUUUCAGUUCUCAUCAUCUUGCAGAUGGGAAAAGU